AUGUCCCGCGGCGCACUCGACGACUCGGAGAUCCAAUCCGAGAUGAACAAGAUGGUGGCGUUCAUCUCGCAGGAGGCCCGCGAGAAGGCCCGCGAGAUCCAGGUCAAGGCCGACGAGGAGUUCGCCAUUGAGAAGGCCAAGAUCGUGCGCCAGGAGCAGCUCGCAAUAGAUGCGCAGUACGAGAAGAAGCGCAAGCAAGCCGAGGUCGGGUGGAAGAUUGCUCAGUCGACCGCACUCAACCAGAGCCGCCUCGAGGUGCUGCGCAAGCGCGACGAGCAGCUCCAGGACCUCUUCGAGGAGGCCAACAAGAAGGUCAAGGAGCUCGCCGAUGGAAAGGACUACCCGAAGGCCAUGACGCUGCUUAUUACUGAGAUUCUCCUCCUUCUCCUGUCCAAGGACGUGACACUCGCACACCGCCCGAAGGACAAGGACUUGGUGAAGAAGUCUGCUGAAGAGGCCAAGAAGCAGUACAAGGAGAUUUCGGGACUCGAGGCGGAGAUCACUUUCGACGACUCGCUGGCGGAUGACUCGGCUGGCGGCGUGAUUGGCAGCACUAUGGGCGACCGCAUUAAGGUCGACAACACGCUGAGCGCACGUCUGCACAUUCUCGAGGAGAAGAUGCUGCCCGAGCUGCGCGAGGACCUGUUUGGCAAGAACCCCAACCGCAAGUUUUACACUGAAGCGAUAUGUUAG